UAAGACGACCAAGAUUCAUGAACCAACUGUACAACCCAUAAAGCACUCUCUUAGUUUCACCAGACAUCGAAUAUUUCCGGAGGCGAUGGAGGGUGACCGCGCUUGUCUUGAUGCUCUGGACUACCUUGUACAGAGCGAAAAGAAGCCUGUGAGCGAAUGGCUACCAGGUGGCAGUGCGUCAUUCUACAUUCCUGCUCGAAGCAUAGGAGCAUUAUUGAAAGAUCAACACCGCGGACUGACUCUGGAAAAAAUAUUUUUAUGUCCAUGUAAUCGGUGUUCGCAGGACGGCGGAUCGGUCGAUGAGCGGUUGACACACUACAACCGACUCAGAGAGAAAGAGUUGAGAGAUGAAUACGCCGCCAUCUAUGCACUGCUUAUCUACAUUCGCCGCCAGGGUCUGAUUCGGAAAUUUCAAAAGCAUGGACUGAAACUUCAAGACACCAGGUAUCUCACAGAAAGUGAUUUGCAUGUGUUGUCCAGAGAAAGGAUAGCGGAUUUCCAAUUGCUGCAACGAAAGGUUGUAGACACGCAAUACAGUUUUCUUGUACGAACUUUAAAACCUUUUUCUGAAAUUACAGCCAUAUCGCCGAAGGAAGUGCUGCCAAUCAAAGAAGACUUAGAGCCCAAGGGGGUGGGGACAUUUGCGGAGGUUCGAUGUUUUGAAUUUCAAGAUGAUGAAUACAGGUCUCGAGAAUUCGGAGAGCAUAUCACUAAGUUUGCUCGUAAAAUCUUCAAACAGGGUAUGAAGAAAUCUGCGGCAAAAGAGUGGAACAACCUUCAAAUGCUAUCCAAGAUGAACAGCCACCCACACAUCAUGGUAGCCCUAGGUGCAUAUUGGCAUGGCCGGCAAUUCUUCAUUCUCAUGGAGGAAGCGGAGCUUUCCCUUCAAGAUUAUCUCAAUAGCGAAGGAGUAGAAUUCGACUCGCAAGAGCUCUGGAAGCAGAUGGGGGGAGCAGCUGAUGGGCUAUCCACUUUGCAUGGGCUUUAUGCGGAUACCAGGAUUGCUUACCACCAGGAUUUGAAACCUGCAAAUAUCCUUAUUGUGAGGGGGCGAUUCAAGAUUGCGGACUUUGGCUUGCUCGAGUUCAAGCCUAUUUCCACUGAUGAUGGUACGGGGGCUACUGGCAUUCCAAAUGCCCACAAUACAGGGUUCUAUGCUGCUCCCCGGCAAGCUACAUAUACUCGAGGCUCGGACAUCUGGUCUUUGGGAUGCAUCAUGUCCGAGAUCGCGACUUGCGACAUUCAAGGCCGAGAUGAAGUGAGGAAAUAUCACGAAGCUCGCGUUGAAAACAAGCCGAUGACUAGAGAUUUCCCUCGGUUCUUCUUUGGUGAUCAGGUGAAAGGCGCGGUGCUGGGAAGACACAUUCUGUUACAGAGCUGCGUUGAAACUCAGAAACUCGCCGACAGAGGCGUUGAAUCUAUGGAGUUUCGCCGGAAAUUCUACACGGAUGAUUUUUUCGAGCUGUUGCAUGCAAUGUUCAACGUGGGAGGUAUCAGCAAUGAACACCUGACGUUCAAUAAAGCCACGGGACCGGAUGCCGCCCAAGUUUGCAAGACCAUCGAAAGACUACACCAUGAUGCAGGAUCGGAAUUCGAUAUGGAUAAUGUCAUAGAUACCCUGACAUUGGAGCAACGUCUGCUAGACGACGAGGCUCUUGAUCGCGCUCUGACAACACACCUCUCAGAGUUCGAAAGAGUGUUGAACAAAAGAGACCCGGGGAGGCUUUUAGAAACAUCCGCGGACGACUUCAAACAGUUUCUUGUCAACCUACAAGAAAAACAGCAUGCUGAACGUCGUCAACAAGGACUCAAGCGCCUGUCUAUAUUUUUGGAACGUAUCGAACAGUAUGAGGAACUGGUCGAGCGACUGCCCAUUGCUGCGAGGAUCGGGGGCUCUCUCCGCGGUCCUCUGAAAUUUUUGCUUGCUAGCACGGACAGUCACCAAGAUGCUUUCAGCAACAUAGUCGAUCUCUACGAUCAAAUUGGUAUGAUGCAGCCUACCAUAUCCAUGUACAAGGAGCUUGCGAUAGGUGAUUCCGAUUUAAUCCCUGUGAUUUCAUCGAUGUACGCGCAUAUUCUAGAGGUGAACCGAUUACUUUUGGUUUAUUUCCAGCAGCGCCUCUGGUCUGAGCUGUUCGCCACAUCGUGGAAACGACACAAAGCAAGAAUGCAAGGUGUUUUGACGAGUAUGAAAUCUCUGUACGAUUUGAUUCGUGGGAAAGCUGAGAUCGUCCAAUUUAACUCUUUCUUGGCGGGUCAUUCACUGGACGGAGAGCAGAUGUCUACGUUAGAGGACGAGAAUCUAUCGAGAGGGCAAGCAGUCCAUGCCUGGCUGGAGCCAUGUGAAAUGGAGAAUCAACAAUAUCAUCUGGACAAAAUACGGGAGGAAAAUCCUGAAACAUGUUGUUGGCUGUGGGAAAAAGAGUCAUUCACUGAAUGGUUUGAUCCACAGUACUCCGCGGCAACGUCUUCCACUCUGUUAUGGAUCAAUGGCAAACCUGGGGCAGGUAAAACUGUGAUCGCGUCCGCAGUAGUGGAUAAGGCCAGAAAGCUAGUUCCUACGCCCACCGUUCUCUACUUCUACUUCAAACAUGGCGUCAAAGACCAGGAUGACUUUGUAUCGAUGGCUCGAACACUGCUGAUGCAACUCCUCGAACAAAAUCCGUUGUAUCUCGAUUUUCUGUACAGCAAGUGUUGCAAUAGUGCGGGAGCGUUGCUGACAUCUCGUUCGCGGAUUGAAGAACUUCUCGCCUUUCUGUUGCGAAAUUGCGAUUCGGCAUACAUCGUACUAGAUGGCUUGGACGAAUGUUCUUCAAGGAAAGAGAGGGGCGAAAUCGUGAAGUGGUUUCGUGCAAUCAUCGAAAGGCCUGAUCCAGAUCCGUGUGAUCACCUUCAUUGCCUCUUCGUAAGCCGCCAUGACAGCGCUCGAAAGGACUACCAGGAUAUACCAAGUAUGACUCUAGAUACUUUCAACAACCGGAAAGAUAUUGAGUCUUUUUGUGUUACCCAGUCCAAGAAUCUGGAAAAUGAAUUAGGCAUUCCGGCAGAAACGGCCAGGAAGAUAGCCUUUUCAGUUUCCCGAUCGGCCGAAGGUAUAUUCCUAUUCGCUGAGCUAGCGUGGGUGAAUUUACGCAGCCAAGCUACCCUGGCGGGGCUAGAAAAAGAGAUGAAAUCGCUCCCUACUGAUCCUGAAAACUUGGAUGACAUGUAUGCUCGUAUCAUGAAGACGAUUUUGGACAAACCUGUGGCUUCUCGCUUUGAACCUUUGGAGAUUUUAAGCUGGUUGGUAUGCGCCAAGCGACCCUUGAAAAUGCAUGAAGUUCAGAUGAUGAAAUCCAUCAAUGUCAAUGAAAGAGCAGUUGAGUUCGAGUAUCGCCACUUCAGGGUUCAUAUCAAACAGCUUUGCGAGUCGUUGGUAGACGUCCGGGAGGAUGGAACAUUGGAAUUAAUACAUACGACCGCUCGAUCUUAUCUAGCAAGAAGUAAUCAUCUCGACAUCGUGGACACAGAGUUGAAUUUGGCAGCGCUCUGUAUUGACUAUUUGAAUCUUCCGUAUUUCACUGGAUCGCCAUUAGAAACUGAUGUUCUGGCGGGAGCUUAUGGUUUCAUGGAGUACGCUCUAGUUCACUGGCUUCGGCACUUGGAAGCAGGGAUGACAUCAUACCAAGUUGAGAAUCGUGAGCGGCAUCUGGAUUUGGCAGAAUCGUUCGGGAUACUUGUUGAGCUGCACUGGAACCAUCCACAGAACCUGAGCAGAACAAUUCCUAGACGGAUAUAUGAUGUACUGGCACAGUUCAUUGAACACCCGAAGCAUCAGCAAAUGCUACAAGCGGCGGCCUGGAUGGACAGCGAGCUGAAACAUUACGGGGAUGCACGUCCUGAGCAGCCCGCCCUUGACUUCUUGAACAUAUUACCACCUGUCCGUGGAUUGAUCGAAGAUAUUGGUGUCAGGAGUCAAAACAACGAAAGUGUUCAGGCCAUGAAAAUUAAAUACGGCGCUCGCUUGUUCAAAUGCCCCCGUUUGAGCUGCAAUUACUUUACAGAGGGUUUCCAUACAGCGAACGAGCGGGAUGAUCACAUCGAACGACACGAUCGUCCUGCUCGCUGCGAUGAUGAACAUUGCAGCGGCUCUAAAAUUGGCUACGCAACCAGAGCUCAGCUGGAGCGACAUAAGAAUGAGAGCCACCCCGAAGUGAUCGGCCUUCGUCACAUAUUUCCAACAGAAGAAGAGAUAGAACAGAGUCUCCAAGAUGAAUUCUCGGAGUCUGAACACGAGACCGAGGUUGAGCUGCAAUCCGAUCAUGAUGAACACGAAGACCCACAACAAGAGAAUUCAUCUCCUCCGGCAGCGGUUUCAAUGGAGCCAAGUCCCGCAAAGAUAAGGAUAGGACCUCCAGAAAAUCCGAAACGUCAGAAGACAAGACAUGAAUAUCAUUGCACUCAUUGUGAUAGGAAAUUUAGUAAAAAGUAUAACUGGACGUCUCAUCUGACAUCGCACGGACUGGGAAAUAAGGUGUUUGAAUGUUCGGGUUGUGAGAAGACAUUUCCUAGGUCAAGUGAUCUAAAGAGACACAAGAAGUUGCACGAUCCAACCAACGCAGUAAUCUGCGGGGGUAUACUACCAAGUGGCCGGCGAUGGGGAUGCGGGGAGACAUUUGCUAGAGCUGAUACAUUGAACAAUCACCACAAAUCUCAGAAGGGAGGUCAAUGUAUUGCAGAAAGAGACAGCCUGGACUAG